GGAAGGAUUAGUGAGAGGCCUCAGUCUUAUUAAUAUCAUACAUGACUGCUCGCCACACGCUGUGGCCUUUCUUUUUUCCUGCUGUGAGCUAAAAAUAGAGCCCACAAUUCAUCGCCUUUGUUCAUUUAAGGUCCCUUUGCAGACUGGGCCUGCCUGUCUCUUUAAUCCCAACUCGUCCUCUGCUUGAUAGCUUCUCUGAAAGGAGCCAUGGUCACAUUAUAGACUUAAAUUCUGCAAGCCUUCUUAUUGGGGAGGAAAUGACCCAACUGAGUGUCCGUCGCUGGACGCCCAAACAUGUGGCCAAGUGGCUAAAGGAAGAGGGCUUCUGUGACUAUGUGGACCUUUUGUGUUACAAGCAUAGACUGGAUGGCACCAGUUUACUCGCCCUCAGCGAGUAUGACCUCCGCUCACCACCUCUGGAGCUCAAGGUGCUGGGGGACAUCAAGCGGCUAAUGGUGUCGAUCCGCAAACUCCAGAAACAGAACAUGGAUGUGUUGGAGGAGCUUGGUCUUCCCUUUGAUGGCCACUCGCCUACAGGCUCCGGAGGCAGUUUGGACUGGCUGUGUAAUGGGGACCCAAGCAGAGACUGUGACAGUACUGACACAGCACCAGUGGGAGAGGAGUAUCAUCAGUACACUAAUGGGAAGUACAAGCAGCAGACAAGGCGCCUCGAUCCAGAGUACUGGAAAACAGUGUUGAGCUCCAUCUAUGUGGUGUUUGUAUUUGGGUUCACGUCCUUCGUCAUGGUCAUAGUGCAUGAGAGGGUGCCUGACAUGCGCAUGUACCCUCCACUGCCAGAUAUUUUCUUAGACAGUGUCCCUAGAAUACCAUGGGCCUUUGCCAUGGCAGAAGCAUGUGGAGUGAUACUCUGUAACAUCUGGCUGCUGGUUCUGCUACUGCAUAAACACAGGUCCAUCCUUUUGCGGCGCAUGUGCAGCCUCAUGGGGACGGUAUUUAUGCUGCGCUGCAUCACCAUGUUUGUCACCUCCCUGUCUGUGCCAGGACAGCACCUGCAGUGCUCAGGAAAGAUGUACGGUGACAUGUGGGCCAAACUGCAGCGAGCUGUGGCCAUCUGGAGUGGCUUUGGGAUGACACUGACAGGAGUGCAUACGUGUGGUGACUACAUGUUCAGCGGUCACACUGUGGUUCUUACCUUACUCAACUUCUUUGUCACAGAGUACACCCCAAGAAGCUGGAACUUCAUUCACACGUUGUCCUGGGUGCUUAAUCUCUUUGGCAUCUUCUUCAUCCUGGCUGCACAUGAGCACUAUUCCAUCGAUGUGUUCAUAGCGUUCUACAUCACUACCAGACUCUUCCUGUACUACCACACUCUAGCCAACACUCGGGCUUACCAGCAGAGCCGGCGAGCUCGCAUCUGGUUCCCCAUGUUCUCUUUCUUUGAGUGCAACGUGAAUGGGCCCGUUCCCAACGAGUAUUGCUGGCCCUUCACUAGACCCACCAUGAUGCGGAGGCUGAUUGGAUAAUGAACGGCAUUGGUACUGUCAGACACUUUUUAGCCGUGCUGUUUUUGUCUGCUUUGUCAAGUUGCCAACUUGAGGCCGCGUGUGUGUGUGUCUGUGUGUGAGUGUGUGUGUGAGAUUCUCAUCAACAAAGACGACUCUUGUGAUCUUGUGAGCACCGAGGCCUAAUGCAAUACACAGAGCCAUACCUUCUCAUAUUUUGGGACUUAGCUCCUCGCCUGCUUCUCCUGACACCAUUUUAAGUCGGAUUACAUAAAAUCCACAAAACCCACAGAGUUUCUUCAAAGCCUCCAUCAAUUCAUUUAGUCCGAAGGGUUUUAUGUAGCAUUAACUGCAUUUUUUUAGUACUUCCCAACAUAAAAUUGCAAGUGUUUGAUAAAAGGAAGCCACAUCAACACAAUUCUCAGGCAGCAGUGCACAUAAUCCUUGACAGCAGUUUUUUCAUUUCCUGUUCAAUUAACACACCUGAUCAUUUCUUCAACUAAAUACAUCUCCCUAUGGACCACUGGUAAAGCAAUAUGUAAAGGAUCUACAUUUCAAUGUUGCUUUUGUCUGUACGAUAAAAAAAUGUUCAUCAUGUUGAGAAGCAGAGUACUUGUUUGCAUUCCGAGAGAGUUUACGCUUAUACUUGGACAGUAUUACUAAAUGCUGACAGAGAAAAUUAUGGCUCAUUGUAUGAUAAAUGACCUUGACUCAUUUAUUUAUAUAGUUCACACAAUCUGCCUUUUCCAUUCUAGACCCAGUCAAGAAAAUGACGUAUAAAAAAAAAAUUUGUUUAUCUGCCAAAAACAUGGAAUGAUUUUUUUCCAGUUGUCUUAAAUAUAAUUCCAUUUGCCAAUUAUGUUCAGUGUUACAAUAGCUCCGUCUGUGUAGAAAUGUUCCAGAUUUACCAUGUUUACUGUUGGAUAGUUGUAUAGUGCUUUUUUAAUCAUCAUACAUUGUAAAUGACCAGACUGACAGACAAUUUGAGCUCUCCCUCUUAUUAAUUCUUUGAAUUUCAUGUGUAGUAAUAGUUCUUAAAAGGAUCCUUAAAUUUGUAUGUAUUUGUUUAUAUUAAUUUAUUUCAUUUUGUAAAUGUUAAUAGGUAUUUUUAUAUUCUAUAUAGAAAGUUACAGCAACAUGCACAUAGAGAAAUAUGUUUACAGUUGCUCAUAACUAUCUAUUUGUUUUAAACACAAUGUGCUUUUUAAGUGUAAUGUUGAUUUCAGAUUGGCCUCUACAUUUCAUUGACUGAAACCUGCCACUGUAGUAGAGAUGUUGUUAUUGAUUUGGUCAUUGCAGCAUGUUAGAAACACAAUAUUCAAAAUGGAGUUUACAGGUUACGACACAUCUGUUCACUGAGAGAUGCUGUUGUGUUGUUAUGCUCCUCCCUUUAUACAUGUUUCAUGUCUCAUUCGGUCAUUUCCAUCAUUA